AUGUCUUCCAAACGGUUGAACAUUCUAGUCUACUCCGGUGCGCUGACUUACGAACAAUGGCGCCGAAAUGAAAAUCUAAUGCUCGCUCCAGGUGAUGGCAGUACGGUGGAAUCGGUCCGGCACUGCCUCUACACCCUUCGCCGGCUUCUUUCCCCCAACUAUGCGGUUAUUCCGGUCACAGGUGACAUGAUUAUCAAGGAACCCUGGACAGCCACAUGUGCCGCCAUUGUCUUUCCUGGCGGUGCUGAUCAAGGCUACUGUCGCACUCUGAAUGGCGCUGGCAAUCGACGCAUACGACAAUUUGUUGAGAACGGCGGCUUGUAUAUUGGCUUUUGUGCCGGUGGCUACUACGGCAGCAAACGAUGUGAGUUUGAAGUUGGCAACAAAUCUCUUGAGGUGAUUGGUGACCGCGAACUGGCCUUCUAUCCUGGUGUGGCACGAGGCUGUGCAUUUCCUGGCUUUGUCUACCACAGCGAGAAAGGCGCUCGGGCUGUGGAGCUAGAGUCUGAUAAGGCGUUCCUGGCAGCAGGAUCUGUUCCCAACGUUUUCAAAUCAUACUACAACGGAGGUGGCGUUUUCGUAGAUGCUCCGAAGCUCGCAGACAAGGGCGUUGAAGUGUUGGCAAGCUACUCAGCUGACGUGGCCGUUGACUCUGGAGAAGGGUCCGCUGCGAUAGUCUAUUGCAAAGUCGGGAAAGGAGCUGCCUUACUCACAGGCCCUCAUCCAGAGUUUGUCUACCUAGGCAAGGCAGCAGAUGACUGGGCGCUGACGAAACCCAGGUUUGCCUCGGCCAAUAUGGAGGAAAAGCCAAGUGUACCCGGCUUCUCGGACGUUAUCAAAGCGCUAGCAGCCGACGAGAAGCACCGCAUCGACUUUCUCAAGGCGAUCCUGGUUAAGCUGGGAUUAACGGUCAGUGAGGAACAAAAUGUACCGUCCCUCUCUCGUCUCCACUUAUCCUCUACCGAUCCAUCCAAUGUCACCAAUAUCUUCGAAUCCCUCUCCGGCCUCAUCAAACCAGAUGAGAGCGGCGAGCAGAUGCUCAAAGAUGAGAACGAUACGUUCCAUGUUGUCAAACCUUCGACAUGGAAGCUGCUUGAGCUUGCCGAAGCAUUGCCCACAGAAGGGGAGCCGGCUGACCAUUCUGGCCGUAGCACCGAAACGAUAGUCGACUAUAACCUGGUCGUCAAACAGUUGUUAUUGCACGAAGACGACAUCCCAGAUUCGAAAGCAACCCCUUACUUCAAUCAUCAUGCAUUUUUUGCGAACCUCAAACACUAUCAAUCGCAAACGAGAACGAGAACAUCAUCAUUCGGCACACAUCUUCUAUACGGAGAAGUGGUGACAUCGACCAAUACCAUGCUCGAAAAAAACACACACAUCCUGCGCAACCUGCCCCAAGGCUUCACUGCUACGGCCACUGUUCAAGUUGCUGGACGAGGCCGCGGAUCCAAUGUAUGGGUGUCACCGGCCGGCCAGCUGAUUUUCAGCACAGUCAUCAGGCAUCCAAUGGCUCAGAUGCAGACUGCUCCAGUGGUCUUCGUCCAGUAUCUGGCGGCUAUGGCCAUCGUCCGUGGCAUAAAGACAUACGAAGGUAACCUCUAUCGCGAUAUGCCAGUCAAGCUCAAAUGGCCUAACGACAUAUACGCGCUGGAGCCUGGCAAAGAGGACACGAUUGGCCGUGAAAAUUACGUCAAGAUUGGUGGAAUCUUGGUCAAUUCUCACUACAAUGCCAAAGAGUACAUUGCGGUCUGCGGUUGUGGCAUCAACACAGCGAAUGCGGCUCCCACGACUUCACUCAACCAACUCGUUCCUCACCUCAAGAGGAAGAAUCUGCCUCCCUUCGCGCUGGAGAAGUUACUUGCCCGCAUUUUGACCGUCUUCGACGAAUUGUACUCAACCUUCCUGCAGACUGGUUUCGAUGGGUUUAUGGAGGAACUGUAUUACAAAGACUGGCUGCACAUGGACCAGAUCGUUACGUUGGAGGCGGAGUCUGGUCAGAGAGCGCGGGUAAAGGGCGUCACGCGUGACUAUGGGCUGCUUAUAGCGGAGGAACUCGGCUGGGAAGACCGCCCGACGGGCAAGCGGUUUGAACUGCAGAGUGAUGCUAACAGCUUUGAUUUCUUCAAAGGUCUGGUCAAACGCAAGACAUAA